AUGCGUUUGAGGCUUAACAGUCGCUGAAAUUACAUAGAAUUAGCAAAAUUUAAAAGCUACUAAGUUAUUAUUAAUUUAAUUAGUAUAUAAAAUUGAAGCAAAUAUGAAAACAAUUGGAACAAAGUUUUAAAAAAAUAGAAAACUGUGUCAGCAACAGAAAAGAUCUGGAUUCCUUUUGAUUUGCAAUUUAAUUUUCUUCAUUAUUUAUUUCUUGGGGAGGGGAAAUGAGUGCGAUUUCUAUCAUCAGCCUGUAAAACCACAUUUUCUGGAGAUUUGAUUGACUAAUGGGGUUUGGUUGAAAUUUAACAUCAGAGCCACUAGAAGCAGAUGCAAGAAACAACUAAAACAUAUCGACGACGAUCGUUGAAGUUGGCUUCAUUAUCGGUGUUACAACAUACGAAGACAUUAAAUCGCUGUCUUUCAUCUGAUUAGCAUCUCAUUCCGCUCCUAACAUUCUACCAAUGCGCAUGAUUAACCGGAAGUUGACUUCGACGGUCACUCAUAAGAUCUCAGCUUUGUAUUUCUAAUUAAAUCGCAUAUAAGAUAAUUUACUAGCUUGACGCAUAAAACGGUGAGGAAGUAAUCAUAUCUAUCUCAUAUCUUAUAAUGAAUUUAUCUAUAAUAUUAUACAUUGUAUAUACGUAAUGGGAGUAAUUUCAGCAUCCCGACCAUCGUCACUGAUUUACUCAUUAUAGCUGUGAUUCAUUCGAGAAAUAACAGAUGGUAUUGGCGUAGAAGAAUUUAUUUACUUCAGAUUCGUCAUCAAUAUUUCUCAUCAUUUAAAGACUAAAGAAUGAUGUUAUUCCAAAUAGAAAUGAUUGGUGGAAUGACUGAAAUAUUUCUUGUGAACUGAGAUUAUUAUAUUAUUAACAUUCUAAUUUUUUCUUUCACUAUCUGGAAUAUAUUCAAGAGUGAGUUUCUGCCAUCAACAGAUAUCAAUAAACAUUGAAUGUGAUGGAAAUUUUAAAGUAGAAAAUAUGAAUAAAACAUAGCAAUUAGUGAGAAAAGAACAGUAAUGGAAAAUACAUCACGGGAGACCCCAAUUAAAACAGAGUCUGAAAGCAUUGAUUUUCCUGAUGAGAUGCUGAAGGUGAUGAAAAAAACAUCAUACCAGUGUGGUAUCUGUGGUAAAUCAUAUUCUGAAAGAGGAACAUUAACUAAACACAAACGUAUUCAUACGGGAGAGAAACUAUAUCAGUGUAAUAUCUGUGGUAAAGCAUUCAUUUCAAGUAAUUACUUAACUAUUCAUAUACGUACACAUACAGGAGAGAAGCCUUAUCAGUGUGAUAUCUGUGGUAAAGCAUUUGCUCACAGUUCUCAUUUAAAAGUCCAUAAAUACAUUCAUACAGGAGGUCAGCCAUGCCAUUGUGAUAUCUGUGGUAAAUCUAUGUCUUCAAAGAGUAAAUUAACAGUACACAAACGCUUUCAUACUGGAGAGAAACCAUUUCAGUGUGAUAUUUGUGGUAAAUCAUUCUCCAUUAGUAGUCACCUAACUACACACAAAUAUAUGCAUACAGGAGAGAAGCCAUAUCACUGUGAUAUCUGUGGUAAAUCAUUCUCUGUAGGAAGUAACCUAAAUACUCACAAACGACUUCAUACAGGAGAAAAACCAUUUCACUGUGAAAUCUGUGGCAAAACAUUAUCUGAUCAAGGCAACUUAACUAGUCACAAACGUAUUCAUACAGGUGAGAAACGAUACCUCUGUGAUACUUGUGGUAAAUCAUUCUCUGAUAGUAGGUCUUUGACUGCGCACAAACGCAAUCACACUGGAGAAAAGCCAUAUCACUGUGAAAUCUGUGGUAAAGCGUUCAGCACCACACGUCAAGUAACUAUUCACCAACACAUUCAUACAGGAGACAAGUCAUAUUCAUGUGAUAUUUGUGGUAAGUCAUUUCCUCGUAGUGAAUCAUUAUUUGUUCACAAACGCAUACAUACAGGUGAGAAGCCAUACCACUGUGAUAUUUGUGGUAAAUCAUUCACAGUAUCAACUACUUUGACUACACACAAACGUAGUCAUACAGGAGAGAAACCAUAUCACUGUGAUACCUGUGAUAAAUCAUUCACUACAACAAGUUACCUAACUAAGCACAAACUCAUUCACAGGCGAGAUAUGCCAUAUCACUGUGAUAUCUGUGGUAAAACAUUUUCUCAAAAACGUCACUUCACUGCUCAUACAUCUACUCAUACAGGAAAAUAACUGUGUCACUGUAAAAAAUACCUAACCAUAAAUGUAUUCACAGGAGUUAGACAGAGCUAUCUUUCUAGAGUAAAUAGUUCAUGUAACUACAUUUAAUAUCUACUUGCCUGUAUGAUUAUAAUAAAAGUAUUGUUUCAGAAAAUAGUCAUAUGUAUAUUGUAGCUACCAUAUAUGUCCCGAGAGAUGACAAGAUACAAUAAAUUUAUUGGAUAUUGUGUAAAUAACUGAGAAAUGAGUUCUUAUAAAUCACAAAUGACAUCACUGUACAGUUUAAUUAAAAAUAAAAUUAUGAACUAUAAAAGAAAAUAUUUCAUUAUACCAUAUCGGGAUGUAAGUAUGAUGUCUUACAAAGAAUCUUUGCCCUUUAUACAUUUAAUCAUGUAUAUACUCCAACAAAUUAUCAAAAAUAAUGAGCUUCAACAAAGAAUUUCUAUAGAAGGUAAUUGUUUGUGUUGGCCUUAAAGUAUCUUUGGUGUUUCUAUAUAAUCUAUCUUUCCUACAUUAAUUUGUGCGUCUGUUCUAUGUUCAGUGUCAAAUAUUAUGUACUUAUCUCAAUAAUGGAAUAGUUCAUGAUUUAAAUAAUAAA